ACCGUCUUAUUUUGAGAUACUCGAACAAGAUGCGAAAGAAGAAGAAAAAUCAAAAAGAAGAAAAAAAAGCUUUUACUAAAAAAAAAACGAAUCCAAGGCAACGUUAAAAAAAAGAAAACCUACAUUGUUUGAAAACGGUUCUGAAGAGCUUUGGCCAAACAAAAAGCGUAAUGCACAGGAUCUAAGGGAUCAAAGCUCGACAAUACAUCCAGAUAUUCCAUUGUCGUACAUUACAGACUCGGUCGAGAUAAAGCCGGACAGAUGGUGUGGUUUCAGAACUUUGUCGUAUCUCGAAUAUAAAAGCAAUUAAGAUAAAUACGCCGACAUCAAAAAAAGAAUGCACGAGUACGUGGUGGCUAAGGGAAAAAGCAUUUGUUUGACUUACAUCUGUGGUGGCAGCCAGACAGAAUAUGAAAAACUGGUCAAAAGGAUGUCUUACGGUGUCGCCUAUGGUGAUCUUGAGGCCGACUGUCCCAGGGAAUACUGGUUUGACGGAAGCGUCGAUAUUCAGGUGGCAGCCAAUGCGUUGGAGCGGCCAAUUGCUUGCUAUACGUCUGGUCCAUGUGCGAAAGAUUAUCCGCCGUCGCCGACAUUGCCACACUCUGUACCUUCGGGCAAACGAUAUAGUCUCUUGCCGUUCGUUAUGCAUUUCGUGAAAGGGAACCAUUGGGAGCCGGUCUUGCUGCGAUCAUCUGUUAAAAUGCAAUGGUCCCCGAUAUCACAGCGACAUAAGCAACAAUGGAACGAGAUCAACCCAGGUCACAAUCACAAAACGUUUUGGAGAUACCUGCAUAUCAAGAAAACAGUAGAUCAGAAAUCAACAGGAAGUAGCCUCGAAAAAAGAAGACAAGCGUCGCCCAUUCUGAUUUUGGAUGAGUCUGACGGCGAUAGUGAUACCGCAGGCGAUCAUAAUGAUCACGGUGCAAUAGCAUGUCCCCAUUGUCAGACGCGUCUGCCUUUACCGUUACCUCCUUGUACUGUACAGAAGCAGUACAAUGAAUAUCUACAAAAAGAAGAGAAGCAUAAGAAACAAGAAGAACGCCGCAUAAAAGAACUCUCAACGUCUCGUCGCCGCCGCUUCGAUGAAGCACAGCUUAAACCCAGACCAGUUCGCUUUUUGGAGCAAUACAACUUCUGCAGCGUUCAUAGGAAAAAAAUGUUGAUCAGACCAGAAGGAAUCGCUUAAGGUUACGCAGCUCAUAUCGAUUUUGCGACCUUGCCUUUGCGUGUCAUGAAUAAUGUACCAAUUAUGCAAGAUAUCAUAGUCGGCAAAACCGAAAGCAGAUUCAAAUCGAUGGAAACCGAAUUCUAC